ACCCCUUCAAUCUUCACGCAACCAUUAACUUAGCGAAUCUCUUUUACUUCGACUCUCUCCUUUUGCCCUUACCCACUCAGAAAUUUCCGAUGGCCCCCAAAGGUGAGAAGAAGCCCGCCGAGAAGAAGCCGGCCGAGGAGAAGAAGACCACGGUAGCAGAGAAGGCGCCGGCCGAGAAGAAGCCGAAAGCCGGGAAGAAGCUGCCGAAGGAAGGCGGAGCCGGUGCGACAGACAAGAAGAAGAAGAGAACGAAGAAGAGCGUGGAGACUUACAAGAUCUACAUCUUCAAGGUGCUUAAGCAGGUGCACCCUGACAUCGGUAUCUCUAGCAAGGCCAUGGGCAUUAUGAAUAGCUUUAUCAACGAUAUCUUUGAGAAGCUCGCCCAGGAGUCCUCCAGGCUAGCCAGGUACAACAAGAAGCCCACAAUUACCUCCCGGGAGAUCCAGACCGCUGUACGCCUUGUGCUGCCCGGUGAGCUUGCCAAGCACGCCGUUUCUGAGGGGACCAAGGCCGUCACCAAGUUUACCAGCUCUUAAGGACUUUCUAUCUAGGGUUAGGGUUAGGGUUAGGGUGUAAUUUCAGUUUCAUGCACUUUUUUUUUGUGGUUUUUAUUUGGUUUUGUAUGUGAAGAAGAUGGAUCUCCUCGAUCCGGGUUGUGUAUGUUGGAAAUGAAAUGGAAUAUUUUUUUUGUUAAAA